GCCAGAUAUUAACAUCUCUCUCUCUCUCUCUCUCUCUCUCUGCCCCUCUCUCUCUCUAAAUGCAACACUUUUAGGGUUUUGUGUCUUCUCGGAGUACUCUAACAGCAUAAUCGUUAUACUAAUUUCUUCGGCGAUGGGAGAAAGUCUUCUCUCUCUGCUUGUAAUUGCUUGCGUUGUGCUUCCCCUUAGCGCUUCCAGCUCCGUCCUCAACAAUUCAGUUAGUGUGCAAUUUGUUGCCCCUUCUGACAGAGAAAACCGCAGUGAAGCACCAUGCCCUUCUGGUUGGGUUACCAACCCAAGUAAGACAAAUUGCUUUGCAUAUAUGGCAAGCCCUCAGUCAUGGAAUGAGUCGGAGACCCAAUGCAAUGGUUAUCAUGGACACUUGGCAGCUGUUACAUCAUUUCAGGAACUAAGCUUUGUUCAAAAUAUGUGCGGUGAUGUUGCUAAUGGCUGUUGGGUUGGAGGGAGAGACAUCAAUUCUCAAGCUUAUUUGGGUUGGAAAUGGUCUGACAAUACAUCAGAGUGGAAUGACUCUAUCAUUGUUAGAGCACCUUUACAUUCUGAUUGCACCAAUUUAUCAUGCUAUGCCAAGACCUCAAAUGAGUGGUGUACGUUGGUGACUAAUGAAACCGCAUCACUUGUAGCUGAGAGAUGCAAUGGGACUCAUUCUUUCAUAUGCAUGCUCGAUAUAGAGGACAAAUGUUACCAUAUGCAUUGCCAUAUGGACUAUCUCAUUAUCCUCGCUGUUGUAAGUGGAUUGAUUCUCUGUACUACACUAGCUGUCGUUAUUUGGCUCCUUGUAUAUAAGCGGAGCAAGAGGCGCAGAAAAUCUCGCAAACUAUCUAAUCCUGCUGCAACUGCUUUAGUUCCGCCAUCAUGGAAAGUUUUCACCAGUGAGGAACUGAGGUCUAUUACUAAGAAUUUCAGUGAAGGAAACCGUCUUCUUGGGGAUGCCAAAACAGGUGGGACGUAUAGCGGUCUUCUCCCUGAUGGAUCAAGGGUGGCUGUUAAAAGGUUGAAGAGGUCUAGUUUUCAGAGGAAAAAGGAAUUUUAUUCGGAGAUUGGAAGAGUUGCCAGGCUUCAUCAUCCGAAUUUGGUGGCUGUAAAAGGAUGCUGCUAUGAUCACGGUGACCGAUACAUUGUUUACGAGUUUAUUGCAAAUGGGCCCUUGGAUAGAUGGCUACAUCACAUACCUAGGGGGGGCAGAAGCUUGGAUUGGGCCAUGAGAAUGAAAGUUGCCACAUCUCUUGCUCAAGGAAUUGCGUUCUUGCAUGACAAGGUCAAACCUCAGGUUGUGCAUCGUGAUAUCCGUGCAAGUAACGUGCUGCUUGACGAAGAUUUUGGGGCCCAUCUUAUGGGAGUUGGUCUCUCCAAAUUUGUGCCAUGGGAAGUGAUGCAUGAGAGGACAGUAAUGGCUGGGGGCACAUACGGAUACCUCGCUCCAGAGUUUGUGUACAGAAACGAGCUUACAACAAAGAGCGAUGUUUACAGCUUCGGAGUGCUUCUACUUGAAAUUGUUAGUGGGCGUAGACCAGCACAGGCUGUUGAUUCUGUGGGUUGGCAAAGUAUAUUCGAGUGGGCCACACCUUUGGUGCAGGCUCACCGCUACCCAGAGCUCUUGGAUCCUCUUAUAUCCUCUUCAUCUUCUACUUCUUCUCAAAUUCCUGAAGCUGGAGUCAUUCAAAAAGUGGUGGACCUUGUUUAUGCUUGCACCCAACAUGUCCCAUCGAUGCGCCCUAGAAUGUCUCAUGUUGUUCAUCAGCUACAGUUGGCUCAGCCUUCGAUUUUGAACUAAACGUCAAUCAUUUUCAUGAGCUCCUGUGCUUUCUAUUCCUUGAAAAAUGGUUUGAUGUUGAUUCGAAUAACUCAAGAUUAGUUUAUUUGCUAACAUAGUUCUACGGCUGAUUUAGUUUUGUAUGAUGGACUUGCUUGUUGGAGAAAUCAAUACUACUUUCAUCUGAACCUAUUGUACUGCUAAGUUAAUUAUGCAAAUCUUAUUCCGGGGGUAACCCUAAA